UUGUCUAGAUGAACCACAUUUUAAAGCUAUAUAUCGACUCACUAUUAUUCAUCCGUCUGGUUCUAAAGCUAUUAGUAAUUCAAAAGAACUUCGAAAUGGAGUACCAACACAAUAAAGAAUGGAUUCAAAAUGAUUUUGAUGAGACACCUCCAAUGUCUUCAUAUUUGUUAGCCUUAGUAGUCUCUGAUUUUAAUUAUAUUGAAGGAUAUACAAAACGUGGAAUACGAUUUCGUGUAUGGGCACGUCAAGAUGCUUUAACUUUUACUAAUUAUGCUUUAGAAUCUGGAAUUAAAGUUUUGGAAUUUUAUGAAGAUUACUUUGGAAUUGAGUUUCCAAUUCCUAAAUUGGAUAUGGUUGCAGUUCCUGAUGCGGGUGCUGGAGGAACAGAAAAUUGGGGAUUGGUCACAUAUCUUGAAAAAUAUCUUCUCUAUAGCCCAGAAUUAUGUACUAUUCAGCAAAAAUUGCUUGUUACUUCAAUUAUUGCACAUGAAUUAGCUCAUCAAUGGUUUGGCAAUUUAGUUACGAUGAGUUGGUGGAAUGAUUUAUUUCUUAACGAAGGAUUCGCUUCUUUGAUUGAAUAUUUGGGUACAGAUGCAAUCAGCAAUGGAAAAUUUCAAAUGAGGGAUUAUUUCAUUAUUAGAUAUUUGGACACUGCUUUUGAUGCUGAUUCUAAGGCAACUUCUCAUCCGAUAAUCCUUGAGAUACGAACGAAAGAUGAUUUUACUAAAGUUUUUGAUUCGAUAACAUACCAGAAAGGAGCAAGUAUAUUAAGAAUGAUAGGUGCUGUGAUGGGUGAACAAAGCUUUAAAAGCGGUCUAAAAAUAUACCUAAAUCAAUUUAAAUAUCAAAAUGCUAACCAUACUGAUCUUUGGAACGCCUUAACAGAAGCAGUUCCUAAAAAUCUGCAUGAUGGUAACGGACAACCUUUAAAUGUUAAAUAUUUUGCUAAAUAUUGGACUGAACAAUCAGGUUUUCCUGUUGUAAAAAGAAUAUCUCCAAAAAAAGUUUUGUUAACUCAACAACGCUUUCGAUUUAACUCAGAGGAUAAUAAUAAUAAGAAAAAUGAAAUAGGAGAAUACGAAAAAGUUAAUAAUUGGGAUAUUCCAAUUUGGUUGAGUAUUAAUGGUACCGAUCAACCCAUGUUUUGGUUAAAAGAUUUUACCGAAAUGGAAACAAUUGUUGAUGAUCUACUUGUUUUAAAUCCCCAUUCACAAGGAUUUUAUAGAGUUUUAUAUUCUUCUGAUCAAAUGAAACAAAUUAGUCAGCAAUUAUUUGAUAAUCAUAAAGAACUUUUAAUGGCUAGCCGUGUACGUAUUAUUGAUGAUUCAUUUAAAUUAGCUGAAAGUGGAUAUUUACCUUAUGAAGAUGCAUUAAAUUUAACUCAAUAUUUAACUAAAGAAGAAGAAUAUCCUCCUUGGGAAAUAGCAUUAUCUAAUUUUAAUGUAAUACAAAAUUAUUUUGACGAUGAACCUGAAACUGAAGAUUUAAGGGUUUGUAUUUUUAUAAUAGAGACCGGACUGUGGAACUAA